AAAAGUUAAAAGAAGUUAUAUAUAUAUUUACCAAUAUAAUCAUUUAAGUGAAUCAUUUUGGUUAAAAUAAUAAAUUGAAAUGAAAAGAGUGAAAAAAAUAUGUGAUAAAAGGUAAAAAAAAAGGAAAAAUGUUAUUUAUAGUUUGGUAUUAAUAUAUAAAUAUGCAGAGAAAAUUCACAUUAACUUUUUCUAAAAAUAUAUAUUUUGGCUAAAUCUGCUAAGUUUUCCAUUAAUGAAUUCAUUUUGAGUUAAAAGAAAAACAAUAUCUCACACGUGCCCAAUAAAGUAAUAAAAUUGGUUAAAUAAGUAGGUAUGAACAGAAAGAAGCCUUCUCGGUAACCACUUUCUUCGUCUCUCUCUGUUGUUGUCAGCUUCUAGAAGGCCAUUUCAUUGAUUGUAACGUCUGCAUUUCUCAUGCGCAAAUUAAAUGAAUAGUCUCAGUCAAUCUCUUCGAAUCUUCAACCCUUCUCUUUACAAAAGGUUUCGGUCAAAUCACAUCACCUCUUCUUAUAUAAGUUAGUAAAUUCGUACAACGAUCAACGAAACUCUAUUUCGCUUCCAUCUUCUCCGCUCAGGACCUUUCUUCACCACCACCGUUCCCUAGUUCUUGCAUCUGGUUUUGAAUCUACACAUUAAGAUAUGGAUACAAAUAGGAAAAUUCACCCGGAUUGCAAAUACUCUGCAAACCCUUUCCAUGAAUGUGCUUCAGAUUGUUUAGAGAAGAUUGCUCAAGGCCGUGGAAAGAAGACUUCAAAAAAGCAAGCUGCGACGAACUUUAGCCUACCAGAGAGUUUAGGUAAGAAAAAGGUGGGAUCACAGCCACCUUCACCUCUCAACACAAGGCCAUAUCAGAACGGUACCGCAAAUUCACCAAGGGUUCAUCAGUCAAGACCUUCACCAGUAGCUGUAACGAAGAGGUCAACAGUUGCAGAAACCAACUUCUCUUUCCAUUCUCUAUCUUCUGAUGACGUCCCUAUUAACCUCAACGGUCAACAUGAUUCUUUUAACCAUAAGCCAGAGAAGCCGUCGCAGAUGGUUCCUCUAUCCCCAAACAACAUGGCUGAUCGUAGCAAAACCGUAUCACCAACACCUCGAGAACAUGAACACAACGGUAAGAAUGACACAGCCAGUGAGAUUAGUGAGUUCAACUUUGUAAGCCCUCCAAGGUCUUACGCCAACGAUGAUGAUGAUGAUGAGAACGGAGUAGAGCUCGACCUUCAAUCAGUAAUGUCAGACUCGUGUGUUUCGGUUGGAAAGUACCGUGUGAACUCUAGUGUCUCCACAAUCCUAAGGUCAAUCAUAGACAAACACGGAGACAUAGCUGCAAACUGCAAGCUAAAAUCAGCAUCGAUGAGGUCCAGAUACCUAGAGUGCUUAUGCUCAUUGAUGCAAGAGCUUGGGUCAACCCCGGUCGCGCAGUUGACCGAACUAAAGGUGAAAGAGAUGCUUGCGGUUAUUAAGGACUUGGAGUCAGUGAACAUGGAUGUUGGCUGGCUAAGGGCCGUUCUUGAGGAGUUUUCUCGGUUCCAAGAAAACGCAGACUCGGAGAAAGAGAGGCAAGAAGGAUCAGUGAGGUCUAAGAAACAAGAACUGGAGAUUCAUGAAGCAGAUUUGGGCAGGAUGGAGGAGGAAGUAAGGGAAGCGAGGUUGAAGGUGGAGGAGAUGAAGGCGGAGCUGGCUGAGCUUGAGACAGAGAGGUUGCGGAUGGAAGAGAUGGGAUUUAAGGUUGAUAAGUUUAGAGGGAGGUCGUUUCUUGAUGAGCUUCUUUGAUGUUAAUAAGAGUAAUUAAACUAAAUUAGUGUAAUGUUUAAUUAAAAUUUGAUAAUGUUCUUUAAUCUUGAUCAAAAGGUGAACGAUACUACGGUUGCUAGUGAGUGGUCUAAAUAUUCACCGAGAGUAUUAUUUUCUUGUUUGAUUCUUUUGUAUCUGUAAGAAUUAUUUACUUUGUACGUUAUUUUAUUUUAUUUAUUUAUUUUUAUUU